AUGAUUUGUCCUGGUAAGGAGGGUACUCCGUUGCCCUACACUGCUUCACCCAUCAAGUUACUCUGGAGCGACUUAUGCCUAUUUGUUUCCAAACUAUGGGCGCUUCCAGGUAUCUUACUGCCCCUGGAUCUAGCUCACACCCGUGAGUUGGACGAGCUUCAUCCAUCGUUACGCAAUGGAGCUACAGUGUUGAUUCAUAUCUUUCUCGUGGUUUAUCAACUUGUUUUCCUGCUCUCGUUGCCGAUCAUGGUUAUCUGUAUGCUUCCAGGCCUAUGGAUCCUUGCUUAUUCAACUAUUGCUUUUACUAUCAAUUAUGCCAUUGUCAUGUUGAUGUUGAACGGCUUCGAGCAGAUUCUGGUAUCCCAAGUGCCCGUGGUUGAGCAACCAGGCCAUGAGCGGGAGCGUUGGCUAUACAUAAAUGGAAUAGCAGCUGGGCAUCACUGGGUACAGAUGAACAUAGAUCAACUGUCGUACAUCUUUGGUCGAAAAGUGACGGGUGUGCAUAAUCGCACCGCAGGCAUUGUCUUUGAUCUCAUCGAAUGUCUGAUUCAAAGGGAUUUCGCUUACGCCACUGACGAUAUACGACGAUCAUAUGCCUUGCCAAGGCGGUAUCGAAGGGGGCUUGUCCUGGACUGGCUUCUGGAUGAGCUACCACACGAUCUACUUCGUCAUUUGGAGGUAUAUACCUUCGGAAAUGCUGCGAAUCACUUCAACAACCCGCGAUGGACAAACCUACCAAAACCACAACGGAUCCCCACCCCUGAUCUAAUGCAUCAAUUUGGCCAAUCCAUCGGCCAUAUCGAGCAUUACGCCAACGCGGCUGAUAUUGUGGCUCUGGGAGUGCUCCACUUCGUGGACAUCCCAAAUCGAUACAUGGGCCGGCUGUUCGUGCGCCCGAAUUCAGGCCACCUAUUUAACAUGCAUUACCUGAGCAACAUGUUUACCCUAGGCCCUGAUAUGAAAGUCCUUGACUCCAAUCCAUUCAUGGACAUGGAAGUUGAACCAUGGGCAACUGCCGGUAUAAAUGGAUAUGAUGGCCCUCCACAUCGAGUCAGGUAUCAACCCACGAUAGCCCGAGACGAGGCGUUUCUCCCCGCCGCAUUGAGCCUGCAACGGUCACAAACGAAUGGCGUGGAUCGAAUACUGCGUGUCAAGGACUUGAGCCGGCUCUGGCAGUAUAGAAAUGGAGGAUCUCCGAAAGAGGCUGAGGUGGGGCAUAAUAACUAA